AAAGAAUGACGAACAAACAACCGUCUCCACCCCUUCUUUCUCCUCUGUCAUUGACCUAAAAAUACAUACAUACACCAAUCCUCCUGUAUCUAUAUUAUCCAAAUCCACUCCCUUUCUUCAACAAUCAGCGAUCAACCUCCGAUUAUCAUUUAGGGUUUCAUUUCAUGUGCCUUUUUCAUGGAUAAAGAAUGCCGGAGCUGCGCAGUGGUCUCCGCCGUGCACGCGCCUCUCCAGUAGUCCUCGACAAAACCAGAACAAACCCACCACCGCCAGAACCUUUGCUAGCUACUUGCGUCAAGACGCGAGCUGCGGCGGCGCGUGAGGCUGCAGCUACGGUCGUUGAGGUGAAACGACAGAAGAAUAAGAAGAAAAGGGGGGAAAACGAGGGUUUAGGUUUAGGUUUAGGGUUAGGUUUAGCUCCGGCACCGGAACCAGCUCCGGUGAUUGUUGUUGUGAAGUCAGAGGAAGAGGAAGAAGAAGAAGAAGCGAUGGCGGAUGGUAGUGGUGGUUUGAGUGCUAAUAAGGUUACUGGUCAGGAAGAAGAGGGGAAUACUGCACCUUUUCCUGAUAGGGUUCAAGUAGGCGGAUCGCCACUAUAUAAGGUUGAGCGGAAGUUAGGCAAAGGUGGGUUCGGUCAGGUAUUUGUAGGUCGUCGUGUUUCCGGUGGAACCGAACGAAUAUCCGGUCCCGGUGCCACAGAGGUAGCUCUUAAAUUUGAGCACAGAAAUAGCAAAGGCUGCAGUUAUGGUCCUCCGUACGAGUGGCAAGUUUACAACACUCUAGGUGGCAGUCACGGUGUGCCUAAAGUACAUUAUAAAGGAAAACAAGGAGAGUACUAUGUAAUGGUCAUGGACAUGCUUGGACCUAGUUUAUGGGAUGUAUGGAAUUCUUCAGGGCAAUCGAUGUCAUCUGAAAUGGUAUCGUGUAUAGCUGUGGAGGCUUUGUCAAUUUUGGACAAGAUGCAUGCAAGAGGUUACGUCCACGGUGAUGUAAAGCCAGAGAACUUUUUACUCGGCCAACCGUCAACAUCUCAAGAAAAGAAAUUAUUUCUUGUCGACUUGGGGCUCGCAACAAAGUGGCGAGAGAGUGGUAAUGGUCAACAUGUUGACUAUGAUCAACGGCCAGACAUGUUCAGAGGGACCGUUAGAUAUGCUAGUGUGCAUGCACAUCUCGGAAGGACCGCUAGUAGAAGAGACGAUCUUGAAUCUCUUGCGUAUACACUUAUUUUCCUUCACCGUGGUAGGCUGCCAUGGCAAGGGUAUCAGGGUGACAAUAAAUCAUUUCUAGUAUGUAAGAAGAAAAUGAGCACAUCUCCCGAAGUGUUGUGUUGUUUUUGCCCUGCACCCGUAAGGCAAUUUUUGGAGAUAGUUGUGAAUAUGAAGUUUGACGAAGAGCCAAACUAUUCAAAGCUCAUUUCUUUGUUCGAGGGGCUAAUUGGUCCUAAUCCUGCCAUUAGGCCUAUUAACACCGAUGGUGCUCAAAAGAUUAUAUUUCAAGUUGGUCAAAAACGGGGAAGAUUGAAUCUUGAUGACGACGACGAAGGACAACCUACAAAGAAAAUCCGGAUAGGAGUUCCCGCAACACAGUGGAUUUCGAUUUAUAACGCCAGGCUACCAAUGAAACAGAGGUAUCAUUACAAUGUUGCGGAUGCACGAUUAAGCCAGCAUGUUGAGAGAGGAAAUGCGGAUGGUUUACUUAUAAGCUCCGUGGCAUCUUGUUCCAACUUAUGGGCCCUGAUAAUGGAUGCCGGGACCGGUUUUACUAGCCAAGUUUACGAGCUGUCACCUUUCUUCUUACACAAGGAAUGGAUUAUGGAACAAUGGGAGAAGAACUACUAUAUCAGUUCCAUUGCCGGUGCUAAUAACGGAAGCUCUCUUGUGGUGAUGUCAAAAGGGACCCCGUAUUCUCAACAAUCUUACAAAGUUAGCGACUCGUUCCCGUUCAAAUGGAUAAACAAAAAAUGGAGGGAAGGGUUUCACGUGACCUCCAUGGCAACCGCGGGUAACCGUUGGGGUAUCGUAAUGUCUCGCAAUGCUGGCUUUAGCGACCAGGUGGUGGAGCUUGAUUUUCUUUAUCCAAGUGAGGGCAUACAUAGGCGGUGGGAUAACGGUUACCGUAUUACAUCAACUGCCGCCACGUGGGACCAAACCGCACUUAUUUUGAGUGUGCCCCGCCGCAAGCCCGGUGAUGAAACACAAGAAACUUUGCGCACAUCACAGUUUCCAAGCACACACGUUAAGGAGAAGUGGGCGAAGAACUUGUAUCUUGCGUGCGUGUGCUAUGGAAGAACCGUGUCAUGAUAAACCAUGGUGUGUAAACAUCUGAGUCAUGGAGAAAUUUUAAGAAAGAUUGGUCAGAGCUGAAACUGUCUUGAAUAGUGUUGUUGUGUAUGGUUAUUUAACAUGUUUGACCAACUGAAAACUAAUUCUGACCUGUUUGACUACCUCUACCAAACAAUCCCUGAAGAGUUUUUGUGUUUGUGUUUU